AUGCAAAAAAAAGGUAACUUACAGGAAUUUUUUUUUUCUGUAAUUAAUUACACUUUUUUAUUUAGAAGCAAUUUCCAUUGUAGUAUAAAUAACAUUAAUAACAAGAAGAGAUUUUGCUUUCUUAUUUAUAAAAAUGAUUUUUCAGCUUCUUAUUCAACGAUUAAUAAUAAUUCUUCAUGGGUAAAUAAUAUCAGGGUAACAAAUAAAUACCUUACUAAAAAAAGAUAUAUGAAAGAAACUAGGCACACCAUUCUUUGUAGAACAAAUCAAAAUAACUAUAGUAUCUUGGCUGAUGUUCUGAUAAAAGAUAAAAACAAUAAAGAUAUUAAAAUUGCUAUUAAAGAAAAGGAAAAGGAGAAAGAAAUUAAAGCAAACAAAAAAUUAAUAAAGGAAGGAGAAAAAAUAAAUAAAAAGGUUAAAAAGGAAGUUAAGAAAAAUCCUCAAUUUGUUGUAAACAAAACGAUGAUACCUUUAAAAGAAGAAACUAAUAACAUGAACAUAAUUUUGGACGAAAAAAAUAAUAAAAAAAAAAAGAACAAGAAAAAGAAAAUAAAUGUAAUGACAGAUAUUAAAGAGAAUACACAAGUCGAUAAGAAAAAGGAUAUAUCCAUAAGUAAUGAAACAUCAAGUGUUACGAUUUAUAGCACUGAUAUGAAAGAAGAUAUAAAUUAUAAUGUCAACAGAAACGAAGAAGACCCUACAAUUAUUAAUGAUGAUAAAGUUGUAUGUAGUGAUAUUUUAUUAAAUAAGGAACAAAUGAGUAACCAUAUUACUAAAGAGAAGAAGAAAGAAAAAAGGAAAAAAGGAAAAGAAACCAAAGUCAAACAGAAAAAUGAAAAAUGUGUUAGUAAAAAUGAAAAAUGUGUGAAUACAAAUGAAAAAUGUGUGAUUACAAAUAAAAAUUUUUUGAAUACAAAUAAAAAAUGUGUGAUUACAAAUAAAAAAUGUGUCAAUACAAAUGAAAAAUUUGUGAAUACAAAUGAAAAAUGUGUGAUUACAAAUAAAAAUUUUGUGAAUACAAAUAAAAAAUGUGUGAUUACAAAUAAAAAUUUUGUGAAUACAAAUAAAAAUUUUGUGAAUACAAAUAAUGUUUUAAAUAACCAUGAAAAUGUAACUAUAAACAAUAAUUUUAAUAAAGAAGAAUAUUUUAAAGAAUUUGAAGAAAUAGGAAUAAAAAAUAAUAUAAUAAUAAAUAAAAUAAAUACAAUAGAAGAUAUAAAUAAAUUUGUAAAUAAAUAUGAGAAUUCCUUAGGAUAUUGCAAUAUAUAUGCAUAUAAUAAUUUAUUAUAUGAAAUAUAUGAUAAGUUUUCUAAUUGUGAUAUUAAAAAAGUUAAGAAAUUAAUUAAGAAUUAUAAUAAAUUAACUAAAAAGAAUUUGCAAAAAAAAAUAAAAUGUUUUGAAUCUUUCUAUGAAAUAUGUCCAACAAAAUAUAAUGAAGUAUUAACAUGUUUAUUUAUUCAAUCCGUUGAUAUAUUAAAAGCUGAAGAUAUUAGUAAUACAUUUUAUUUUGAUAACAUAUUAAAUAUUAAUAAAGAAGAAAAUGAACAUGAAAAUGAAAAUAGUGAUGUAGGAAGAGAAUGUAUUACAACAUCUGAAAAGACUAACUACGAUUAUUAUAAUUAUGAUUAUGAAAUAAAUGAAAAAGGUGAAAAACGAAAAAUUCAUAAUAUAAAUUAUAGGAAGAAUGAAGGUUAUUAUGUACAUAAUAAAAUUGUGUAUGAUAUUGAUGUAAAAUUUACUAACAAAAAUGAACGUGAUCAUAUUAAUGAAAAUAAUUUUAUAAUAGUUUAUGAUCUUCCAAUAUUAAGUUAUGAUUUACUAACAAAAGAAUUGAAAGAAACCUUUUCUUUUUGUGGUAAAAUUAAGGAUAUAGAAUUUUUUAAUGACAGACUAAAAACUAUAGACAUGAAUAUGAUAAAUAAUGAAAAUGAAUCUAAAGAUAUGGGAACUGUAAAUAGUUCAAAAAAUAGUUGUAAGAUGAAGAAUAGAGUUAAUAAUAAUGGUAGGAAGAAGGGGAACCACAAAGGUAAGGACAUAAAUUUUGAUAAUAAUGAUAAAAAUGAUGAUAAAAAUAAUGAUAAUAAUGAUGAUAAUAAUGAUGAUAAUAAUGAUGAUAAUAAUGAUGAUAAUAAUAAACAAAACAUUGAUAACAUAUGUAAUUACAAUAUACCUAAUAAGAACCCUCAAAAUGAAAAUGUAAAAAAAAAGUACCCUCAAAAAAUAAACAAAAUUGUCAAUCCAAACCAGAGUACACAAUUAUAUGGUAUUAUAGAAUUUUAUGAUUCUAAAUCAGCUGACAUGGCAACUAGUGAUUUUUUAAGAAUUUUUGGAAUUUUUUGUUACAAUAAAUUAAUAUAUGUUGAUAAGUGUGUAAAUAAAAAUAUUAUGAUAAUAACACAUUUACCUUUUCAUCUGAAUAUAUAUAAUAUUUUAUAUUUAUUAUUGAAUGCGUCUUUAUACAAUUUUGAUAUAUCUCUUAUUAAAGAAGAAGAAAAAUUAAAUAGUAAAAAAUAUGAUAUGAUAAAAAAUGUUGAAGGAAUAAUAAAUAACAACACGUAUAGUAGUGAAGAGAAUAUAAUUAAUGAUAAUAACAAAUUUAUUUCGAAUGAAAAGUUGGAAAUAAUUGAUAAUAAAGAAGUAUUACUGAAGGGAAAUAAUAAAAAACCAGAACAAAAUUAUAUAUAUAAUAAUGAUAAUUCAUUAGAAAAUAAAUUUGAUUCUUUUCGUCAAAACGAAAAGGAUAUAAAUUUAAUAAAUACAGACAAUGAAAGGGAGAAUCAUAUUAUUAAUAAUAUAAUGAGUAAUAGUAAAACGUGUGAAAAUGAAACAACCAAAAUGUGUUCAUUUGUUUUAAGAAAUAGUAAUAUUAAAAUUGAAAAUAAUGAUUCUCAUUUUAAAGAGAUAUAUAAAAAUAGUAAAGAUAUAUAUAAUUAUAUUUAUGAAAUAUCAAAAAUAAAUUUUAAACAUUUUGAAGAAAAAAUUAAUCGUCAUCUACAAACUAAUAUAAGUUCAAAUAAUAAUAAUAAAAAUAAUUAUGAAUCAUUUGUAGAUUUCUAUCAAAAUAAAAAUAAAAAAAUGAUAACUAGAAAAGUACAUAUAAAUAAUAAUGGAAGAACAUUAAUUUUACAUUUUGACAAUUUUACAAAUUUAUUUGAAUGUUUAAAAAAAUUUAAAUAUAUUUUUAAGAACAAAAAUUAUAUGAUAUUCUCAUUAAAUCUGAAAAGAUGUAUAUUUUUAAAUGGGGAGAUAAAAGAUCAUGUUCAUAUUCAAAAUGAGAGGCGUAAAAUAGGUAUAAAUAUAGACCAGUAG